GUCCAGAAUUAGAACUCAAUCACCAACUCACAAUUUCCAGUUUCGCUAUUAAUUAAUAAAUUAUAAACCCUUUCAAAUCCUAACGUCACAUCAAUUUCCCUCUUCGUUGACUCGAAUGCUGUAGCAACUUCCUGAGUCGUCCAAACGAAAUAGUGAGAUCUGAACUCUGAAGCCACAGAAGCAGGCGGCGGCGGCGCGAACUAGAGAGUCCGAGGUCUGAAGGGAUAGAGCAAAGUACACCGCAAUGGAAGUUGAAGAGAGCAGCUCCUUGGGUCCUACUACUGGCUUCAACAAGAGAAGAGCAGAGGGCACUGACAAAACUAACUUCACCAGAAAAAAUCUUCAACUCAAAGUUCGCAAACUCAAUCCCAUUAACACUAUUUCAUAUGUACAGAUUUUGGGCACUGGAAUGGACACUCAAGAUACAUCACCUGCGGUCCUGCUUUUCUUUGACAAUCAAAGAUUUAUAUUUAAUGCUGGGGAGGGACUACAAAGAUUUUGCACGGAGCAUAGGAUUAAGUUAUCAAAGAUAGAUCACAUAUUUCUUUCUCGUGUCUGUUCCGAGACUGCGGGUGGGCUCCCAGGUUUACUGCUUACUUUGGCUGGUAUGGGAGAAGAGGGGAUGACUCUCAACAUAUGGGGCCCUUCAGAUCUUAAGUAUUUAAUUGAUGCCAUGAGAUCUUUUAUUCCCAAUGCCGCCAUGGUUCACACAAAAAGCUUUGGACCCACCUUUGGCACCAAUGAGUCCACUGUGCAGUUUCAAAGUAAUAACUCCAUUGUUCUUGUUGAUGACGAGGUGGUCAAAAUAUCAGCCAUUAUCCUUCAACCAAGUAACAAUGAAAGCCAGCUCCUGAAACCUUGUCAGAGCCCUUCACAAAGGGCAGAUCAUAGCACAGAAAUCCUUGAUUCCCCCAAUGGAAAAAAGCUGCCAGCGGCUAAGCCUGGUGAUAUGUCUGUUGUAUAUGUUUGUGAACUGCCUGAGAUCAAGGGAAAAUUUGAUCCAGGAAAAGCUAAGGCACUCGGUCUCAGACCUGGGCCAAAGUAUCGCGAACUGCAACUUGGAAAUUCGGUGGAAUCUGAUCACCAGAAUGUUAUGGUUCAUCCAAGUGAUGUCUUGGGUCCUUCUAUUCCUGGUCCUAUUGUACUCCUUGUGGAUUGCCCAACAGAAUUUCACUUGGAAGCAUUAUUGUCUUCAAAAUCACUAGCUACCUAUGGUGAUCAAGUGGAGGGAAACCUGCCAAAGGCUGGUAAGGGUGUUGCAUGUGUAAUUCACUUGUCUCCUGAAUCUGUUGUAAGUUGUUCAAAAUACCAAACAUGGAUGAAGGCAUUUGGUUCUGCACAGCAUAUCAUGGCCGGACAUGAAAAGAAGAAUGUAGAGAUUCCUAUAUUGAAAGCUAGUGCAAGAAUUGCAGCACGGCUUAAUUACUUGUGUCCUCGGUUCUUUCCAGCUCCCGGAUUUUGGUCUCUUCCAAAUCAUAAUUGCUCAAAACCUGGAUCUCUUGCUUCAAGUGAGGAUUCAUUAUCAGCGCUUUCUAAUGUCAUUAAUGCUGAAAAUCUUCUCAAGUUCACUUUGCGUCCCUAUGUUAAUCUUGGGUUGGAUAGAUCUUGUAUUCCAACUACAGCGUCUUCCUCUGAAAUCAUUGAUGAGUUGCAGUCAGAGAUUCCAGAGGUUGUGGAAGCAGCACAGCAUGUCAGUCAGCUCUGGCAAGAUUGCAGUCAGACAAAGGAUGAUUUAAUUCCUGUGGCUGAUCAUAAGAUGGUAAUUGAGGAGCCAUGGCUGUGUGAAGAUGAAAUUACUCCUGCUUGCUUGGAAAAUGUAAGGAGAGAUGACUUGGAGAUAGUGCUUCUUGGAACUGGUUCAUCCCAGCCAUCCAAGUAUCGAAAUGUGAGCUCAAUAUAUAUAAAUCUUUUCUCGAAAGGUGGGUUGCUCUUGGAUUGUGGUGAAGGAACCUUGGGACAGCUUAAGAGAAGAUAUGGUGUAAGUGGUGCUGAUGAUGUUGUGAGAUCCUUAAGCUGCAUUUGGAUUUCACAUAUUCAUGCUGAUCACCACACUGGGUUGGCUAGGAUUCUCGCUCUGCGCCGUGACUUGCUGAAGGGGGUUCCUCAUGAACCGGUGCUUGUUGUAGGACCAAAUAAGCUCAAGAGAUAUUUAAAUGCAUACCAAAGACUAGAGGAUUUAGAUAUGCUGUUUCUUAACUGCAAGCACACCACAAAAGCUUCAUUGGAUGAUUUUGAGAACGACUUGCAAGAAACAGUCAAUUCUCAAGAUCUGAGCAAUAAUAAUGCAGAAAUAAAUGCAUCAAAGGUUGAUUCGACUUUAUUUGCUAAAGGGUCUCGUAUGGAAAGCUAUUGGAAAAGACCAGAUAGUCCUGUUGACAAAGGUGAUGUUUAUCCCCUCCUAAGGAAAUUGAAGAGGGCAAUCCACGAAGCUGGUCUCAAUGCCUUGAUUAGUUUUCCCGUUGUACACUGCCCACAGUCAUUUGGUGUUGUUCUAAAAGCAGAAGAGAGGACUAAUAGUGUUGGAAAAGUGAUACCUGGUUGGAAGAUUGUAUAUUCUGGUGACACAAGACCCUGCCCAGAGCUAAUAGAAGCAUCUCGAGGUGCAACCGUUCUUAUACACGAGGCAACUUUUGAGGAGGGUAUGGUAGAGGAGGCUAUAGCAAAGAACCACAGCACCACUAAUGAAGCCAUAGAAAUGGGAGAGGCUGCUAAUGUAUAUCGUAUCAUACUUACUCACUUCAGCCAAAGAUAUCCAAAAAUUCCUGUAUUUGAUAAAACACACAUGCAUAAAACAUGUGUUGCAUUUGACAUGAUGAGUAUCAAUAUAGCAGAUUUGCCAGUGCUUCCCAAGGUUCUUCCAUAUCUGAAAUUGCUUUUCAGAAACGACAUGAUAGUUGAUGAGUCAGAUGAUGUAGUAGAUGUUGCGUCUUCAGCUUCGUAGACUAAAUGUAUGAGUUUAUUAUUUAUUCUUGUUUUGCAUAGUUUGAUUAUAUCCCUAUACCAGGCUAUGCAACAACAUUGUACGAUAAAUUAUCCUGGUUUUCCCCAUGGAGCUUCCCCAACAUCUAGGAAAAGGAUUUACGUUGUAAUUUAUUUCUUGGGCAAGGGGUAGUAGUUUAGUCCGUUCAGUUAUUGAUUAGUAUAUCAAAAUAUAUUGGUUAUUAAAGUGAAGUUAUCAUUAUAUUGAGUUUUA